AUGCUAAAAAGCGAAAGUUGUGGGAAACUAUGGCUUCCCAGAUUAACAGCUUGUGGCAUGAAAAAUGCACACCAAAAGAAAUUCGCAAAAAUAGCAAAACAUGGCCCAAAUUGCUACAAAACUAAUUCUGGGAUACUGCAGUAUCAAAGAAAAACUGGUGAAGAUCCUGCAGCAAAACCACUAACCACUACCAUGGUGAAAAUUAUCAGUCUUUUGAGUGAUGAGCCUUCUUUUUCAGGAAUACAAGGAGGUUUUGUGUCUGGUGUGCCUUCUGAUUCAGGUAAAUUUAUAGUAACUUUCAUCUGUGUACUUUCCAAUGAAAUAAAAUAA